GCAGGUGUUCGCGAAAUUUGACCUACAAUGCCAAGGUUGUACAAUUAUUGGUCUUUCCCGCCUAAUAAUCCCCAGAAAUACCGAACGAAAAAACCAACCGUAGGCAGUCGAAGCGCGAGCUUCGACGCGAGCUCGUCGCCCCGAAAUCCCUGUAAAAAUCUAAAAAAUAUUCCAGACGAAAAUCAACGCUCAACGAAAGAAAAUAUGGGCGACUCUUUCAUGGAGCCGCCCACGGCUACCAGUGGAUCCUGCGUGCAAUGUCAAUUCGAGGAUACGACUUAUUUCAACGCAGCCUGUGGAAGUCUGACCUCUUUCAUGAUGCUGCUGCAGACUUUGAUGAUGGCCAAGUGCGACAUUUCGGAUCCCUGUAGAAGGGCGGGACGAAACGAAAUUCCUCGGGAGAAAAGGUACGAUUUCAUCAUCGUCGGCGCCGGGGUCGCAGGACCCGUUCUCGCAAGGAGGUUAAGCGACAAUCCCGAGUGGAAGGUUUUAUUAGUGGAAGCAGGACCCGAGGAGCCCACGAUGACUUCUCUCCCAGGACUGGCCUUCAACGCCAUUAACUCGUCCCUGGAUUGGCGUUUCUUGACGGAGCCAACGAAGCCGCAUCCGACGGCGUGCUUGGAGAGCGGAGGGGUGUGCGCCUGGCCGCGAGGAAAAAUGGUCUCCGGGACCGGAGGGAUGUACGGGAUGAUGUACGCCAGAGGACACCCGGAGAUCUACAACAGGUGGGCCCGGAUGGGCAACAAAGGGUGGUCCUACGGCGAGAUCGAGCACUACUUCGAGCGAGCCGAAAAUCCGCAGGAUCCGCGGAUGGUGUCCAAUCAGCUGUUCUCCAGACUCAAGACGGGAGGGCCCAUGAAGAUCAACUACUUCCCUCACAAGCCGGACUUCGCCGACUACCUCGUUCAGGCCGCGAAGGAGCUCGGCCAUAGGACGAUGGGCCUGUCGGGCUUAAACCAGACGGGCUUCAUGAUAGCGCCGAUGCUGACCGACAACGGCAUCAGGGGGACCACCUCGAGGAACUACCUGAGGCCGAUCGCGCGCAGGAGGAACUUGGACGUGCUCACCAACGCCCACGUGACCAGGGUCGUCAUCGACGAGAGGACCAAGAGGGCGACCGGGGUGGAGUACGUGGAUUUCCGGGGUCGAAGGAGGGGAGCCGUGGCCGACAAGGAGGUCGUCCUGACGGCAGGGGCCAUAGGGUCCCCGCAGAUCCUGAUGACCUCGGGCGUCGGAAUCGGGAAGGACCUCGAGGCCCUGGGCAUUCCCGUCGUCAAGGACCUCCCCGUGGGCCGCAACCUCCACAAUCACGUGUCCGUUCCCGUGAAGAUGAGCAUCAACGACACGCACUUCGAGACCCUGACCCUGACGGCGGUCAACGAGUUCGUGGAGACCAGGACCGGACCCAUCUCCAGCACGGGCCUGACCCAGGUCACCGCCUUCCUGGAGAGCAGGUACGCCGUGCCCGGGGUUCCCGACCUCCAGGUCUUCUUCGACGGGUUCAGCUCCACUUGUCCGAAGACCGGGCACACCAUCGAGUGUCCCAACGGGAGUCUAGGGACGUGCCCCACGAGGAGGGACAUCGUCGCCAGGCCGACCGUCGUAAUCGCCAACACUCGGGGGUACAUGACCCUUAGGUCGAAGAACCCUCUGGACCCUCCUCUUCUGUAUCCGAAUUACUUCGAGGACCCCCAGGACGUGAAGGUCCUGAUCGAGGGGAUCAGGAAAGUCACCGAGCUGGCCGAUACCAAGGCCAUGAAGAUGUGGGACCUGCAGCUGGACUCCGAGAAGCACCCCUGGUGCACCGGGUACCACUUCGGCACCGACGCCUACUGGGAGUGCGUGAUCCGCGCUCGAACGGGGCCCGAAAACCACCAAUCCGGGACCUGCAAAAUGGGUCCCAGUUGGGACCCCGAAGCCGUGACGGACCCUCAACUUCGAGUUUACGGCAUCGACAAUGUCCGCGUUGCCGACGCCUCCAUUUUCCCGAUCGUGCCCAACGCAAAUCCCGUGGCAGCGGUCAUAAUGGUCGCCGAAAAGGCCGCCGACCUGAUUCGCGACACUUGGUCGCAAACACGAGAGAAUCCUCCCCGAUUUACGAGGAGACGUUAUUUCUGAUUUAUCACGACGUUUCGCGAUGCAUUCUUUUAGUUGUUUUCAUUUCUUACGCCAUUUUCCACCUCCCACUAUUUCCAUAUUUUACGAUCUUACCUCGUAAGAGGAAAAAUUCGCCAUUUUGUUUGGACCGAAAAUUAACUCUACAUUUAUGGAAGUGAAAUAAUUUCCAAAAAGUCGGAAAUUAUCUGAAUGUUAACCGAUAAUUGUACACAAAAUUCUUUUAACGCAUGGUUUUAUUUAUUUUUUAUUAUGAAGUAUUUGGUUAAAUCUUCUCUCGCGUCAAGUUCAAGCGGGAACGAUUAAUGGUGAUGUGACAGGGAAACGUCGCGGUACUUUUUUUUUUUUACGGUGGAAAGAGUGAUGCAGCCGAAAGUGCAUUUCGCGGAGUUCUAAACGAUCUCGUGUAUUGCUGGCACAUUAAUGUUGAACGAACAAUGAAUAAUUAUUUGACUCGAAUAAAUUGGAUACAACAAUUAUUCGGAAUUAUGACAAUUUAUUUCAGUCAAAUAAUUAUUCUUUGAAUUAACAAAAUAUAUUCUUUGGGACCAUUCAAAGAAAAUUUUUUCUCGGAGGAUAAAAACCACUGGUAGCUUCUCCGUGGGGAUUAUUUUUAGAUUCUUUUUUCUUAUUCGGAGCAAGUCGCGGAACGAUCAUUCGAGUGGCUGAAAAUUACUCAAUAACGGAAUAACGAGGUUACGCAAAAGUAGCUGAUAAUUCCCCUCGAACAUGCAAGUAAUGUCCGCGAGUACAUUGCGCUCGUAAUAUUUACGGAACAGUUGUUACCGGUGGGUUUUACUUUCCAGGAUAAUUGCGCCUACUCGUUGCACCUGACACAGUCACUUUACCCGGACAGUACUUUGGGCCGACUCGCGUUCAUUCCCUCGACGCGCAUACGAGUACCUUGGGUGAUUUUUAUCAACCUCUUCCACGUCGAUUUCUCCAUUGGGUAGUUUUUUAAGAAAUAACGAACCGAAAUGUACAUACCUAUCGUUGGGACGCGUCGACUUUAAAAAUCGGAUUUUUAAUAUCAAUAAUUGCAAAUACUUUUCGUUCAUCGAAAAUCGGUACGAGAAUCGAUCUCCAUUAGUUCAUUAAUUUUUCUUUCGGUGUCAUAGUUAUCUUUCAUCCCUCCGAAACGAGACAGCACUGAUAAUUAUUUUCAUUCACUCGGUAAUGUCUCAUUGAGAAGAGUCUCUUAUCGACUGUCUCGUGUCACUCGAUGCCGACAUAAAUCCUACUCGAGCUGAAAGUACACCUCGAUUGAAAUAAGAGGUACGCAUGUACCUUGGUACUCGGUUGCAACUUCGCAAAAAGCAACAGAAGUACCAGACAGGUGGCGAAACGAGUCGCACACCACCGAUACCGCA